AUGUAUUCCUCUACUAUGAAUCCUGACGAAGUUCGAGAAACUCGACGGUACGCGAGAGCUGUUAUUUCAGCAUCCUUCAUCGCUUCGUUGAGAAAUGUUCAAACCCUGCAAAACUUCAAUUCAUCUCUGGAAACUGUUCGUCAGAGACUUUCAAGACCAAUAAUUCAAAGUAAUGAUUCUGUGGACUCUUCUUACUCAACAACUUCUACGACACCAAGAUAUUCAACUCCUCCGAAAAUAAGAGUGAUGACCGUCCCAAAAGAGCAUCGUUCGAAAACACUUGACGAACCGAUUCGUCCCAAAAAUUGGUCCCCAAUAACAGAUGGUAAAAAAGCAAUAGCUGCGAUGAUUGAUCAAAUGUGGAAUAUUCCAUAUGCACCAUGCCAAUAUGUCGUUCAGUUUAUGUGUACUGUAAGCUUGAUGAAUCUUCAGAGACAUAAGUAUUGUGUCCGUUGGCAAAAUUGUCGCCGCUCGGCAAUUUUUUAUGUGAACAUUAAUGAGACGAAAUGGGAAACAAAUGUUUGGGUCAACUUUCCAGGAGAGACAAAACAGCAUCGACCACAAACAUCGGCAGCCAAUUUCCAACGUUUCCUGAACCAAAACCUCUUCUGA